UACAGAAAGGUUCAUUCUCUUCGUACAUGCAUUAUCCAUAAUGAUUGUGAGCUCUUAAAAAUUAGAGAGGGAAACGGACAUCACAACAUGAAUUGCUACUGCUGCUCCUUAUCCUCCUCCUACUCCUCCAUUUACGUUGCCUCCAGGACUUCACUCCUUGCUUCUCUAGCCGAUGACCACUCCCUCCGCUCCACCCGUCCAUCUUCCAGCCCUCCAGAAACCCCGCCGAUUCCGAGGAGGCUCAGCAGAAGCCGGACUCGUCAGGAUUGGCAACCAAAGAAGUCGACGCAGCAGCCGACCGUCAUCCAAAUAGAACGCGCCAUUGGCACGGGCGUCUUCCGCGACAAUGACCCCUUGGAGUUCGAGGAGAGGAGAUCCGUUUUAGAUGGUAUAAUCCCCGGCUCCUCAAGGAAGUUCGAGACAGCGGUAGAAAGGAAGUUCCGUGAGACUGGAGAGUGGCUCGUCAGAGAAUCAGAAAGACGCUCCAACUCUUCCGGGAAAGGAAUUUUGGUGGCCGUGUUCCAAUGGAUUCUUCCAACAUGGAUAUUGCUGCUCCUAGUAACUUCCGGUAUCAUGAAGCUGCCGUUUGAUAUUCCACUUCUCAACGACCUGAUUAUGUGAAUAUGAUGCAGUGGAAAUGCAGAAUAGCUCCCUCAACCAGGUCCAGGUUUUUUUUGAAUCUCCACUCCCAAAUACGAGACAUUGGUUAUUGUAUAGCAGUUUAGAUUUCUGAUAAUUGAAAAAUCACUACCGAAUAUAUGCUGGUGUCCCUAUCUUAGUUGAUAGGGUUCAGCUCUAUAGCCCUCAUAAUGCACACAUGACAUUAACAGGCGUUUUACAGUUAAACCGAGUUAUAUGCUAUUAGCAUUUUGUUAUACUUAUGUGGGCAUCAUUAUUACUUUUAAUCGUGCUAAAGGGGUAAGGCCUUCUUAAUUUCCAUGGACUUCAACAUUUAAACACGUCACACCUGAGUCAUGACCUUGUUAAUUGACAAUGGAAACAAAUGUGGAGCUGGGCAGCACCAAAACCAGUCGAAGCCUUCACCGAUGGAUAACUGUUGCUGCAAAGACUGCCAAUUUGAUCCAAGACGCUGCCUGACAAAGCCCUGCUAUUCCUUAGGCUAACAGGAAACUAAUGUGACGUAUAUAGAAGACCCUUAUAGCUUGUUUGGAUCGCGGGGCUAAGGAGGGUUAUGGAGGGAGCAGUUAAAGUCCGAGACUGCUUUCAUUGAUCUCAGUUGACCUCAAGCAAGGCUGCAAGAGCACUAAGUGAAGGCCUAAUGACCUCGACCUCAAGCAAAGUUGCAUAGGCCUUGCCAAGGAAGUCCAACACGAUCAACGUGUUGGGGCUGCCAAAUUAGGCUUUCUUGAAUGUGUAUCUUGCUCUAUGCAAAACAAUAUUGAGCUAGGCUCGGUAGUUGCUUCGACUAUGCAGGCAACUCAUUUGGUUGGUUUUACUCUGCUUUAUAGUUCUUUCAUAUUUAGGAAAUUCCUACGUGCGAGAUAGAACACCUGCGCGUUGGAUUGGUAAUUUACGAGAUAAGGCAACAAGGAUAGUAUGGGUAUCCGGUUAUCUGGAAA